AAUCAAUCAUCACCUUUUGACAUUGUCACUCUCCUUGCCUCUUCUCUUUCCAUUCUUCCUUCAUGGUAGGCAGCACCAUUUGUUGCCUUUGCAAACAAUACAAAUCAAUCAUCAAAAGGUGGUUUAGCCGUAAGAAAUCAUCAUCAUCAAGCAAAGACAACAACCCACAACGCCAGAACCAAACUGAACAGGAACAUGAUGCAAAGAACGGAGCGGGCGCAACCAUGAAUGGAAUUCACAGUUUCAGAUUGAAAGAAGAUGCUUUGAGAGACAAAGAUUUUAUGAUGAGUUUAAAAGGAUGUUGUUUAUGUAGGCAUAGAAGCUUAGAUGAUUCUAGUUUUCCUUCCACGGCUUCUCUGGCCAGAAAAAAGAGCAGAAAGGUCACCCGCGCACGAAGUAAGAGCAGGGAGAGCUAUGAUUUCACGCCUACCACCUCUUCAUUGAAUAACAGUGGCAAUCUCAGAUUGCCUCCUCAUGUGCAGUCAAGAAGUGUCAGCCGUAGGAGCAGCACCCCAAUCAUGUAUUCUAAUUCGUCUGGGAGGCUGAAACCCCCACCAAUUGAGAAAAAGCUUGAAUGCACCCUUGAAGAGUUGUGCUAUGGAUGCAAGAAAAAUAUCAAGAUCACAAGAGAUGUCAUCACAGAUACAGGGGAAAUAGUUCAAGAGGAGGAGCUGCUAACAAUAAAUGUGCAGCCUGGAUGGAAGAAAGGGACAAAGAUUAAAUUUGAAGGAAAAGGUAAUGACAGGCCUAAUGCUUACAGAGAAGACAUAGUAUUUUUCAUCUCUGAGAAAAGACACCAACUAUUUAGAAGAGAAGAGGAUGACUUGGAAUUGGGGGUAGAAAUUCCCUUAUUGAAGGCACUUACUGGCUGCACAAUAUCAGUGCCACUGUUGGGUGGAGAGCAAAUGAAAUUGAGAGUGGAUGAUGUCAUAUACCCUGGCUUUGAGAAGAUAAUCACUGGCCAAGGCAUGCCAAUCACCAAAGAACCAGAGAAUAGGGGAAACUUAAGAAUUACAUUUCUAGUUGAGUUUCCAAAAAAACUCACAGAGAAUCAAAGAUCUGAGGUUUUUGAUAUUUUGCAGGAUUCUAGUUGAUCAAAAGCUUUCUAAAUCCCCAAAAGUAAUGUGUGAUGCUUCUGUUUCUUCUUUUCUUUUUUGCUAUUGAAUAGACUAAGUGCGCAUUCGGAAAUAUUUCUAUAAUUGAUUCUAAAGUCAAAAUCAAUUCCCCUAAAAGUAAAAUAAUGCUUUGCAGUUGAUGAGUGUAAAGUUAGGGCUGAAAUCAACUAUAUUAAUACUGUUAUCUGAGAUUAUAGAUUACCUGAUUUCUAACCCUGCUAGAAUAAGAAUCACGGCAGAGAAUGCAAUUAUAUUAGAACUC